AUGUUUUAAGACUAAUUCAUAAGCUCAAAUAUUCCUUCCAAAUAAGUAAACGAGUUGGAUGAAGAAAAAUUUGACCAUCAAGAUAAAAUCAAAAAUGAAGAUAUCUCUAAUUAAACUUAAGUAAUUCGUUUGAAAAGAAACUAAUAAUAGAAGAAAGCUUUAAAUUUGGGUGAAGUUUCUUAGGAUUAGAUAAAUAGUUCAUAGAAUCAUUUGAAUGAAAAAAAUUAUAUGAAUUAACUUAAGUAAUAUGAAGAAAUUAAUAAUCAAUAAAAAUAAGAAUAAUACUAAUAAAAAUAAUAAUAACAAUAAUAAUAACAAUAUUAAAGAUAUGAAACCUCUUACUAACCAUUUUUAAAUUAUUAAUAGCAAUAUUCAUAACAAUAAAAUACCUAUAACUAUUAACAAUUUUCUAAUUAUGAAUAAUAAUAAUCAUUAUAGGAACAAUAGGAUUUUAUAAAGUUGCAAUAACUUUUAAAAACACCCGAAAUCCUUAAAGGCUCAUCAGUUAAGAAGAAGAUCAAAAAAAAUACUUCUAAUUCCAAAAUUAUUUCUAAACAGAAAGAAAAGAAAAAUAAAAGUCUUUUAGAUUAUUAAUUCAAGAUUUAAACAAAUAAAAAUUAAAAAAAUUAAAUUCAAUCAAAUAUAUAAUAAGAUCAUGGCUAAGAAUUACCUCAAAAAUAAUAAGAAUAAAAUAUUACUAAUGAUAAAUAAAAAUUUGAUACAAAAAUUAAAGUAAGCGAUAAGCCUUAAAUAAUAAAACCAUCAGGUUCUAUUUAUGGCAUAAUAGGAAUUAAUGAUGAUAGAAUCCUGUAUCAUACAAAAUAAUCAAUAGGAAUCUUAGAGGAUCCUUUUAAGAAGGGGUUUUAAAGAAGUGAAUAAGGAUGUUAAUCUCCAAUUGUUGGAUUUUAGGUAAAUAAAGCAGGUUAAGUAAUUUUAUAAACAGAAACUCAUGUUAUUCUUUAUAGUAAGGAUUUACAAUUACUAGAUUAAUUUAAAGAAAAAAUAGAGAAAAAUCUCUUAACUUAUUCUUAAGAAGGUAAAUAUAUCAAUUAAUAAUUAGUUUAUUAAUCUGAUUUCUUAAUAUAUUUUAGUAAUAAAGAAAAUAAGUUGAUAAAGGUAGAAAUAUUAAAUUCUAGUCAUAAAUUUGGUAAAUCGUUAAUCCUAUUUAAAANCAUUUGAAUGAAAAAAAUUAUAUGAAUUAACUUAAGUAAUAUGAAGAAAUUAAUAAUCAAUAAAAAUAAGAAUAAUACUAAUAAAAAUAAUAAUAACAAUAAUAAUAACAAUAUUAAAGAUAUGAAACCUCUUACUAACCAUUUUUAAAUUAUUAAUAGCAAUAUUCAUAACAAUAAAAUACCUAUAACUAUUAACAAUUUUCUAAUUAUGAAUAAUAAUAAUCAUUAUAGGAACAAUAGGAUUUUAUAAAGUUGCAAUAACUUUUAAAAACACCCGAAAUCCUUAAAGGCUCAUCAGUUAAGAAGAAGAUCAAAAAAAAUACUUCUAAUUCCAAAAUUAUUUCUAAACAGAAAGAAAAGAAAAAUAAAAGUCUUUUAGAUUAUUAAUUCAAGAUUUAAACAAAUAAAAAUUAAAAAAAUUAAAUUCAAUCAAAUAUAUAAUAAGAUCAUGGCUAAGAAUUACCUCAAAAAUAAUAAGAAUAAAAUAUUACUAAUGAUAAAUAAAAAUUUGAUACAAAAAUUAAAGUAAGCGAUAAGCCUUAAAUAAUAAAACCAUCAGGUUCUAUUUAUGGCAUAAUAGGAAUUAAUGAUGAUAGAAUCCUGUAUCAUACAAAAUAAUCAAUAGGAAUCUUAGAGGAUCCUUUUAAGAAGGGGUUUUAAAGAAGUGAAUAAGGAUGUUAAUCUCCAAUUGUUGGAUUUUAGGUAAAUAAAGCAGGUUAAGUAAUUUUAUAAACAGAAACUCAUGUUAUUCUUUAUAGUAAGGAUUUACAAUUACUAGAUUAAUUUAAAGAAAAAAUAGAGAAAAAUCUCUUAACUUAUUCUUAAGAAGGUAAAUAUAUCAAUUAAUAAUUAGUUUAUUAAUCUGAUUUCUUAAUAUAUUUUAGUAAUAAAGAAAAUAAGUUGAUAAAGGUAGAAAUAUUAAAUUCUAGUCAUAAAUUUGGUAAAUCGUUAAUCCUAUUUGAAAUUAUUAAACCAAUUUCAAUCAAAAUCAUAUAGGAUAUAAAUCUAUUUCUUGGAUAUUCAAAUGGACACAUUAUAUAAUAUUCCUUAAAAUCAAAUCAAAUAAUAAAUGAUUAUCAAAUAAAACAAGAAAACCCAAAUCAGAUGAUAUUUUCUUCAAUUAUUUUUAGAAAAUAAUUUUGUUUAGGAAUAAUAUAGAACAGAAUUUUAAAAUUAAACUAUUUAAGUAAAUAAACAGAAAAUUUCUUAAAUGCUACAUAAAAUAUUAGUAAGUGUUCUUAUUAUUAUAAUUCACAAGAGAACCAAUAUAUAAUUCAUGCUCUUUUAGAAAAUAAUGUAAUAUUAAUUAUAAAAUUAGAAAAUCUAUAAAUCGAUCAGGAUAAACGGAAAUUAAAUUUUAGGAAAGGAACGCCGAUUAAAAGAAUUAGUAACUAGUAUUACUUUUUCAAAUAGAACUAUGAAGUUUAUAUAUGGUUGCCAAAAUGGAAGCAUUCCUUUAUAUUAAAUAAAAAUAAAAAAAACAUGA